CUCUGCAAACACGCGCGCCGCGGGACGGUCACACCGAUACGCGCGGGCAACGCAAAUCAACGUUUCGCAAACCAGCAGCGAAGACUCGGAGGCUUCUACUUGUUCUAUACCCUCCCGUGGACAUUAUCCGAGAUGCACUGUUGUGGAGUACUGGGCGUUUUGGCGCUACUAGCAGUGGGAUGCGAGGUUUACGUGGUGGCGGCGUCCAAAGUACGAGCGGUGCGGAGUUACAGGGAGGGGGUCCCGGUGUUUGAUAACGACUAUUACGCCAUGGAACACAACGAGACGGUCAUCACGAACGAACAUGACGACGAAGUGUUUCCCGGAAGUCUUGAGGUGGACAAGCCCAUCCAGGUGGACCCGCGCGGCAGCUGGAUGUCCUUCGUCAAACAUUCCAACAACGGAAACAAAAACAACGGCAGGAAAAAACGGAAAGAGCAGGAAAAAACACUGGGCUUACUGUCUGAUCCGCCAACCACCAACCCUGGCGCAAGGAAAGGGGCGGCUAGAAAGCACGGCCCACCCGGCCCGCCCGGUCCGCGGGGUCCCGCAGGCCCGCCCGGAGCCGUCAUCACCAAGGACGAGAUGUUCCGGGAAUUCAAGGAGAUGGUCAGAGAGGCCGCCGAGAGAAGAGCGCUGAGGUUGCUACAAGAGAAGUGUCCUAAGUGCCUGAACGUGAGCCAACACCUCGGCAUCUGGCCCUACUGGGACGACACGAACUCGCCGCCGAAGCUUCACGACGCCUUCCACUGCAGACUUCGCGGCAACGUCGUCAUUCCCAGGAAAACACUCAUGGAACUCAAGAACUUCCAAACGCCGUUCGGGGGCGGUGCGUUUGUGCGCGGGACGGGGAUGAACCUGCGGGAGGGUCGGUUCACGGCGCACAGGCCCGGGGUGUAUCACUUCUCCGCCACGCUGCACAUCGGCCACCCGCGGCAGAAGCGCCUCAGACCGAGGGACAGCGUCCGGGCGCUCAUCUGCAUCAACUCGCUCUGCCAGAGACAUACGUCGCUAGAGGUCGUCACAGGCAUCGAGAGCAACAGUCGAGUCUUCACCAUUUCAGUCAGCGGCAUGUUGGAACUACAGAGCGGCCAGUACACCUCUAUCUUCAUGGACAACAGCUCCAAGAAGCCCGUGACGGUCCAGAGCGGGUCUGACUUCACAGCAAACUUCGUCGGGCAGUAGGCGGCAACCUCCAGCCUGUCUUUAACACUGGGACGCCGUACAUUGCAGAAGCAGGGCCUGUCUCCUAGCACAUCCUAGGGUGGCAAAAGACAGUAUCAAAUUGGCCAGGCUGUACCCAAGGGUGGCGUAUGGGCCCUCUCUGGAUGCUGCCUGGAUACUGCCUGGCCAAUUUGAUACUGUCUCUUGCCACCCUAGGAUCUGUUUGGAGAUCAAAGAAGUGCUGCUCUCUAGAAAGAGCUGUAAGGCUGAGAAGGACGAAACUCGAUCCAACAAGCAUCUUCUGACGCAGUUUCCAGCAACAUUACCCGAGUUUGAAAAGAAUACGGUGCUGGGAUCAUAACUAGAUGGUUCAGGGCCAUUAUUCCAUGUUUAAGGGGAACCACAAGAAGAACAGAGCAGUGUCAUACAUGUUCCAAAUGCGCUGUCAAAACGACUCUGUCUUUCAGUAUAUUCCAGGCUGAAUUAUAUUAAUUAAGAUUUGUUAGGAGUAACCCAUAUUAUUUCGUCAGUGACGCUGCAUAUGUCCAAUGUUUGUAUUGAGUUUAUCUUCGCUACAUCGAUGUAUAUACAGUACCUAUAUAAGGGAUAUCAUGUUUCAUUGGGUCAGAGGUCAGAGAAAUAGAACUGACCUUGAUAGUUCAAAGGUCAAACCAACGUCCCACAAUGCAACGGGACGAAAUGACGUUGUAUGGUAUGUUAAUUUUUAUUCUAAGCUGAUAAUACGUUUAUUGUAAGACGUAAGAAAGUAACAUUAUUUCAAGCUUUUACUAAACAUGUUUCAGAGCAGUCAACGUGCUUAAAUUGAGUUUAUAACUGUUUAAAUAGCGUUUGGGUAUAAUAUAUCUCGAAAGGCAUUCAGAUGUUUAUUUUCGUAUUGAUACGUUUUUAUUUCACCUCUUAAAAAUGAAGCAUAACCUUAUGUGUCAUCGCUGCGUCUCAUAAUUAUAAUAUCAUAGUAAUAAACACGGGA